CCUCCUUCCCGGGGCGGGGGAGGCGCGGGCGCCAAUGAAAAGUAGCCGCUUGCUGGGGGGGCAAAAACUUUUCCUGUUGACUGUUGGAAGCGAAUUGAGCAAUUAUCUAGUUUACCUUCUCCUCUUGGAAGUUAACGAUUGGCGAGAUCUCGGCUGCGUUAUUGACACAACACUUUCUAUUGAUAGAAAUAAGUAGCGAUUGUCCCGAGUCAUUGGUGCGCCAAAGUGCGCUGCGAUGGGCUGGCGUGAGUCCGCCGGGCUGAGCUGGUUCCGCCGGUGCGGCGGCGGCUGCUCCCCGUGCGUGCGGACCGGUGACGAGAGAAGGGGCAGAGAGUGACAGAGAGACGGGGGGGGGGGGAGAAAAAAAAAGAGGCGUCUACCAAAGCGGCUCAAAGCGGGCGAACAAAUGCAAGCCAGCCAUGGACAAUAGUGGCCAUCACACGGCGACCAAAAUCCUCGCGGUUCCUCCGGCGAGAGAAAGCCUUUCUGCGAGGAGCACCAUGAUCGGCACGCCCAAGCCCCUCGCCUUCUCCAUCGAGCGCAUCAUGGCGCGGACGCCCGAGCCCCGCUCCGUGCCCGUCCCGCAGCUCCUGCACGGCUCCGCGGCCAAGGGCGACGCCAAGCACCCGCUGCACCUCGGCUCCUCCAUCCCCUGCAUGAUCCCCUUCGUGCCGGUGGCGUACGACCCCCUGGGCAAAGCGGCGGGCGCGGAGCCCAGGAAGGCGCCCUUGGACUCCUCUUCCUCGCCCUCCUUCAGCUGCGGCGAUCUCUUGAACUGUGCCCUGAGCCUGAAAGGAGAUUUCCCCCGCGACGCCCUGCCCUUGCAGCAGUACAAACUGGUAAGACCCCGAGUGGUCAAUCACUCCUCCUUCCACGCCAUGGGAGCCCUGUGCUAUUUCAACCGAGGCGACGGCCCCUGUCACCCGGCCUCCGGUGUCAACAUCCACCCGGUGGCUUCUUAUUUCCUCAGCUCCCCGCUGCAGCCGCAGCCCAAGGCGUACCUGGCGGAGCGGAACAAGCUGGUGCUGCCGCCCGCCGACAAGUUCCCCGCCGGGGUGGCCUUCAAGGACUUGUCGCAGGCACAGCUGCAGCAUUACAUGAAGGAGAGCGCCCAGAUCCUCUCGGAAAAGAUCGCCUACAAGAGCGCGGAGUUCGGCCUCGGCUCGCCGAGCAGCAAGCCCAAAGUUUUCACGUGCGAAGUUUGCGGAAAGGUAUUCAAUGCACACUAUAACCUAACUCGCCACAUGCCGGUGCACACGGGAGCCAGACCCUUCGUUUGCAAAGUUUGCGGGAAGGGCUUCAGGCAGGCGAGCACGCUGUGCCGCCACAAGAUCAUCCACACGCAGGAGAAGCCCCACAAGUGCAACCAGUGCGGAAAAGCCUUCAACCGGAGCUCGACCCUGAACACGCACACGCGGAUCCACGCCGGCUACAAGCCCUUUGUCUGUGAAUUCUGUGGCAAAGGGUUUCACCAGAAAGGCAACUACAAAAACCACAAGCUGACCCACAGCGGGGAGAAGCAGUUCAAGUGCAAUAUCUGCAACAAGGCUUUCCACCAGGUGUACAACCUCACCUUCCACAUGCACACCCACAACGACAAGAAGCCCUUCACCUGCCCCACCUGCGGCAAAGGCUUCUGCCGGAACUUUGACCUCAAGAAGCACGUCCGCAAGCUCCAUGACAGCGCCAUGGGGCUGCCCCGGCCCCCGGCCGAGCUGGGGGGCCCCGACCCGCCACCCCCGCUGCUCCCGGGCCCCGCGCAGCCCUGAGCGUCCCGCGCCCGCCCCCUGCAUGCGCCCAUUAAGCGGUUCCGUGUGUUAUGCUCUAUGUUGCCACUAACAUUUAUAUGGAACUGGUUGGUUCGUUUUCUUUUUUUUUUUUUUUUAUAAGACUUUUUUGUUGUUGUUGUUGUUGUCGCAUCUCAGGUGGAGAGAUGGUUUGAAAAAAAGGAAAAAAGAAAGAAAGAAAAGCGCCAAGCCAAUUUCUGCUGUAUUUAUUUGGGAUCUGUGUUACCAGGGCCGGGAAUGCUGCACCACUUUAAUUAUUUCAAUGUAUAUAUGCCACGCGCGGCCCCUGCCUAUCCCCAGUGCCUGCGGGGUGUCCUCCGCGGGUUCCUCCUCCCCCCACCCUUCAGUAUCGUAUCUAUAUGGACAGAGCGGGUUCGCUGUGUACGGAUUGGAAUUUCGGUUUGACUUUUGCACGUGAGAAAAAAAAAGACAAAAAAAAAAAAAAGAAAAGAAAUGAUGCGUUCGUUGACCUGGUGGUGGAAAUCAAUGUCCGCACACGCGCGGGGCCGGGGGGAACAGGUCCCCGAGGCCGCGCUCUGCUCCCUGCCAAAACACCGGCACGACCGCUAAAGACUUUAAUUAAGAGGGGUAAUUAGUUCGGAUUGAUCAAAGCCGGGUUGUUAUGUUAUUAGCUGCUCGGCCGACUUUGCCAAGCCGAGCCGUGAAAGCGUGGCCGAGGAAGAGCGGGGGGGGGGCAGGCUGGGCGGGCAGCCCGCGGCUGGGGAGCGGAGCCGGUCGGAGGUGGCCGCUGGGCUCCGUUGUGGGGCCGGGAGGGGUGCCGCUGCGGACGGGGCUGCGCGGACGGGUGGCCUGGUCCGGCCCGUGCCUCGCUGCACAGCAGCAGCUGCCCCCCGGGUACGGCUGUAGAGACAAAGCACGGGCAGGCAGGCUGUCAGCGUGCCCGGGGCGUUAACCAGGACGGGGUAGCCUCCCGCAUCCCACCCCUGGGCAGGGUGUGUGCAGGCGGCGGGUCUGGCCCUCGGAUGCAAGCCCACAGCGGGUCUGAGCGUCAGGGGAAAAAUUCCUUCCCAAACAGCUGACUGGUGCACUGCUGGUUCCUCUUCCUUUCAUGGUUGCCAAGGAAAAAUGGAGUCACCUGUACCUAGCAGGAAGAUUGUAUUUCCUGGUGCCUGCUUGCCAUCCAGCCAAAUACCCAUAUUCUGUACUACAACCGGUCAUCUGCAUCCUGCCAGUGCCUCAUGGAUGCUGGGAGAAUGAGAGCGCUGCUGCCUCUGAGUCUGACAUAAACAGAGCUGCAGAGCUGAGCAUUAGCAUCCUGAGGACACUGUAGCCUGUCUCCCCAUCAAUCACAAUAACUUCACUUUAAUACUGAAUAAAAGGGAGAUGAGGCUGGUGCCUAUGGAUUGCUGGAGCUGAGAGCCCUUGUGGAGGAAGAGCUGUUGCCCUCUGCCCCCCACCCAGGUUUUUCAAAUUUGACUGAGCAGAGAAUUCUUCUAUGCUUGUCAGAUGCUACAAUUAUGUUAAUGUGUGUCAAAGCUGAAAGUACCCGGUGCCUGAAAGAGUGACCAGAAUUACCAAAACAGCUAUGUGUCUAUCACUGUAAAAAUAAAAUGCAGCAACAGCAGGGUCUUGCAGAGUCAGGUAUAAAGUUCUUUCUGAAAAUGAAUGGUACCGGCUUCACUUUACUACUGCUAUACUGGUGAUCAGCCCCUUCCUCUCCCUGCAAAAAGGGGUCAGGAAGACCUUUGUUAAUUUAAAAAAUAUUCAUGCAUGUUGAAAAGUAAGCUAAACACAAAACCUUUCAGUAGCUACCCCAAACCAUAUUCCUGUUCGUAACUGGGUAAAUAGCAUCUCUCGUAUCACCCAGCAUAUCUCAACGCACUCAAAAUGAAUAGGGAUAGUAUUUAAUCAAGAGACUGUUCUGUUUGUUUUUUUUUUCUCUCUCUCUUUCCCCCCUUCAUUACCACAAUGGUGGCAGUAGAGGGGUGAAACAAAGCAUGUGGGUCCACCUGGAGCCAGCUGAAAUGAAGGUGUGUGGUCACAGCUUAGCUCCUGGACUGCUCAGCUGGACAGUGCCUGUAAGCCAGACACAAGAAAGCUGCUGCCACUAAGCACAGCAGUGGUUUCAGCUCCUCUGCUUUUAGUAGUGGUGGUUCUAGCUUCAUAUCCCAGUGGGUUCCCCUUCUGCUUGCAGUAAGAUCCUCCAGGCUGGAUUCCUGCUGGUCUGUUGCUGUAGGGUCACAUGGCACAGUGCAACCUGCACCAAAUACAUACUCUGAUGAAGGGUGAGCUGUGUCUAUUUUCCGUCCUCCUUUGCAGCUUUCACAGAAGUUAUUUAAUGUCUCUACUGUUAAGUCGCUGCUGCGAUUGAAUCCCUGCAUAUUUGAUUAGGCACAGUAUUAAAUCCU